AUGAAGAUUAAAAACAGUGUCAUUUACAUACAAUAUUCCAUAGCCUUCAAUAUUGCAAUUGUUGGCAAUAUGGAACCUCAAUCACACCACCAACUCAAUGUCAUUUUUCUUCCAUUUCCAGCACCUGGCCAUAUGAUUCCCAUGGUAGACACAGCGCGGCUAUUUGCCAAGCAUGGUGUUAGUGUCACCAUCGUCACUACCCUUGCUAAUGCUUUGACAUUCCAAAAGGCCAUAGAUAGUGACUUCAAUCGUGGAUACUACAUCAGAACGCGAGUAGUAGCAUUCCCUGCAGCACAAGUUGGUCUCCCUGAUGGGCUUGAAAAUGCGAAAGAUGGCAUUGAUCUAGAAAUGAUUGCUAAACUUAGGCCUGGAAUAUUAAUUGUUAAAGAUCAAAUUGAGUUUCUGUUUCAAGAACUACAACCAGAUUGUCUUGUGACCGAUAUGUUGUAUCCUUGGACAGUAGAGUCUGCUGCGAAACUAGGCAUUCCAAGGCUUUACUAUUACAGUUCAAGCUACUUCUCCACCUGUGCCACAUAUUUUAUCCGGAAGUACAAGCCUCAUGAGAAGUUGGCUUCUAAUACUCACAGGUUUACCAUUCCUGGUUUGCCUCAAAGUAUAGAGAUGACCCCUCUGCAGCUAGAACAAUGGUUAAGAACUGAGUCUAUUCAUACUGGCUUUUUCGAUGCAGUGUAUGAAUCACAGAGAAGAAGCUAUGGAGCACUGUACAACAAUUUUCAUGAACUCGAAGGUGAUUAUGAGCAACUUUAUAAGAGCACUGUGGGGAUGAAAUCCUGGAGUGUAGGACCAGUAUCAGCCUGGGUAAAUAAGGAUGAUGAAAGAAAGGCCAAUAGAGGGGACAAGGAGGUCUUCGCACUAGAUUCGGAAUGGCUAAAUUGGCUUAACUCUAAGCAAAAUUUGUCAGUGCUUUAUGUAUGUUUUGGAAGCCUCGUCAGGUUCCCUCAGGCUCAACUCGUCGAAUUGGCUCAUGGGCUUGAAAAUUCUGGCCAUAGUUUCAUCUGGGUCAUAAGGAAAAAUAAUGAAAGUGAUGAUGGAGAGAGUUUACUUCAAGAGUUUGAGGAGAAGAUGAAAGAAAUCAAUAAGGGUUAUAUCAUAUGGAACUGGGCACCACAACUGCUGAUAUUGGACCACCCUGCCAUAGGUGGCAUUGUGACUCAUUGUGGUUGGAAUUCCAUUCUUGAAAGUGUGAGUGCUGGAUUGCCAAUGAUCACAUGGCCAACAUAUGCUGAGCAGUUUUACAAUGAGAAGUUGGUGGCUGAAGUGUUGAAAAUUGGGGUCCCAGUGGGAGCUAAAGAAAACAAAUGGGCAGGCAUGGAGAAGGGUGCAGCUGUGGGGAGGGAGGAAAUUGCAAAGGCUGUGGUAAAGUUGAUGGGAAAAGAAGAAAGCAGAGAAAUGAGGAGUAGAGCAAGAAAACUUGGUGAUGCUGCCAAGAAGAGUAUAGAGGAGGGUGGAUCCUCUUACCUCAACUUGAUGCAGUUGUUAGAUGAGCUCAAAUCAUUGAAGAUCACUAGAGCCCUUGAGAAACCAAAGUAG